UUAUAAUAAUAGGCGUAACUUAUAAGUACUUCUUUCGUUUUGAAAUAUACUAAUGUGUAGUAUUUUGAAAUUAAUGAAAUAGAAGUAUUUUGAAAGAGUUGGGUUGGAGGUGGCAGGAUUGCGUUGAAUUGAAAUUAACCCCAUUUAUUGAACUUAUCUCCCUACAAGGCUACAACCACAUAAACCCCAAUCUCUUCCUCAAAUUUCUGGAUCUCUAGCUUACAAAAACCAUCAAUGGCGUCCUUAACAUCAUCCACCGCCAUAACUCGCCUUUUUGCUCUCUCCUCCGCCAUUAACACCCCCAAAACCUUUCUUUUCCACCCCAACAAAACCUCCCAUUUUCUCUCCUCCACUUUCACCCCUUCCUUUUCAUUCAAACCCAAAUCCCCAAAACCCUUAUUCUUUUCCACAACCGCCAAACCCAAAAUUACGUCCUCCAUUUCAGUCGGAUCCAAACUACCCGAAUCCACAUUCUCUUACCUUGAUGCCGACGACCAAGUCCAAACCAUCACCGUUUCCGACCUCACUUCCUCCAAAAAAGCCAUCUUAUUCGCUGUUCCCGGCGCUUUUACUCCUACCUGUUCACAAAAACACGUCCCUGGUUUCGUCGAAAAAUCCGCUGAAUUGAAAUCCAAAGGCGUCGAUGUAAUCGCUUGUAUAUCAGUCAAUGAUGCUUUUGUUAUGAAAGCUUGGAAAGAGAAUUUGAAUGUUAACGAUGAAGUACUACUAUUGAGUGAUGGAAAUGGAGAUUUUACUAGAGCAAUUGGGGCUGAACUUGAUUUGAGGGAUAAACCUGUUGGAUUAGGGGUUCGAUCUAAGAGGUAUGCUAUGCUGGUUGAAGAUGGUGUUGUUAAAGUUCUUAAUAUGGAAGAUGGUGGUGCUUUUACCUACAGUGGUGCUGAUGACAUGCUUAAGGUCCUUUAAAUUUUGUUAUUUGAUUUAGAGUUGAGUUUAAAUCUCAUGUAAGGGUUUUAGUUUAUGUUUUGUAGGGUGAAUAAAUUAUGUAUUAAAUUAUACCCUUUUGUUUAAUUUUAUGGAAAUUGAAUUCUUGCAUUUUGAUGGAAA